CCUGUUGCUUAUUCAUUCAGAGUGGGAAAACGCCAGCCCAGCGCGGCCAGCCACAGCCGGGCUGGCCAUGUAAGGCCCCCAGGCGGCCCUGCCUGCCCGGUGCCCUGCAGAGAGCCUCGUGCAGCCCUGGGCACCGCCCCUGCCCUGCCCUGACCCCCUUGGCCUCGAAAUGCUGUCAUCGGAGGAGCCGUCCCGCUCGGGACAAGGCCAGGAUGGACAAAGCUAGAGCUGGGGCGGGCAAGGAGCCGUCCUGUCCUCGAGGCCGUGGGAAGAGAAGCACGCACGGGGGGCCACUCCUGAGAGCCUCUCGGUCCACCGGGCCUCCGCAGAGGGGCCACCAUGGCUCUGGCCCUAACCGGCUGGCAGCUGGUGUGGGGCGCCUGCGUCUGCGUCCUGGUGCACGGGCAGCAGGCGCCGCCAGGGCAGGGCUCGGACCCGGGACGCUGGCGGCAGCUGAUCCAGUGGGAGAACAACGGGCAGGUGUACAGCCUGCUCAACUCGGGCGCGGAGUACGUGCCGCCCGGGCCUCAGGGCUCCGAGGCUAAUUCCCGGGUGCUGCUGGCGGGCGCGCCCCAGGCCCCUCCGCGGCGCAGCCAGGGGGGCCUCCGGCGUCGGCAGGCCCCGUCCCUGCCCCUGCCCGGGCGCGUCGGCUCGGACACCGUGCGCGGCCAAGCGCGGCACCCCUUCGGCUUCGGCCAGGUGCCCGACAACUGGCGCGAGGUGGCCGUCGGGGACAACACGGGCAUGGCCCGCGCCCGCACGUCCGUCUCCCAGCAACGGCACGGGGGCUCCGCCUCCUCGGUCUCGGCCUCGGCCUUCGCCAGCACCUACCGCCAGCCGUCCUCCUUCCCGCAGCAGCAGUUCCCCUACCCGCAGGCGCCCUUCGUCAGCCAGUACGAGACGUACGACCCCGCGACGCGGACCUACGACCAGGGCUACGUGUACUACCGCAGCGCGGGCGGCGGCCUGGGCGCGGCGGCCGUGGCCUCGGCGGGGGUCGUCUACCCCUUCCAGCCGCGGGCGCGCUACGAGGAGUACGGAGGUGGCGGCGGCGAGGAGCAGCCCGAGUACCCGCCGCAGGGCUUCUAUCCGGCCGCCCCGGAGAGGCCGUACGCGCCGCAGCCCGCCGACGGCCUGGACCGGCGCUACUCUCACAGUCUGUACCACGAGGGCACCGCGGGCCUCGAGCCGGCCUACCCCGACCCGGGCCCCGACGCUGCGCAGCCCAACGGGGGCGGCGGGGGCGGCACGUACGGCGGCGGCGGCGGCGACCCCCGCCUCGGCUGGUACCCACCCUACGGCAACAUGCCGCCCGAGGCCUACAGCCCGCCGCGGGCCGUGGAGCCGCAGCCCCCCUUCCGCGUGCUGGAGCCUCCCUACCUGCCGGUGCGCAGCUCCGACGCGCCCCCGCCGGGCUCCGAGCGCAACGGCGCGCAGCAGGGCCGCCUGAGCGUGGGCAGCGUGUACCGGCCCAACCAGAACGGUCGAGGCCUCCCUGACUUGGUCCCAGACCCCAACUACGUGCAAGCGUCCACUUACGUCCAGAGAGCCCACCUAUACUCCCUGCGCUGUGCUGCGGAGGAGAAGUGCCUGGCCAGCACGGCCUACGGCCCGGAGGCCACCGACUACGAUGUGCGCGUGCUGCUGCGAUUCCCCCAGCGCGUGAAGAACCAGGGCACAGCGGACUUCCUCCCGAACCGGCCGCGGCAUACCUGGGAGUGGCAUAGCUGCCACCAGCACUACCACAGCAUGGACGAGUUCAGCCACUACGACCUGCUGGACGCAGCCACAGGCAAGAAGGUGGCCGAGGGCCACAAGGCCAGCUUCUGCCUGGAGGACAGCACCUGUGACUUCGGCAACCUCAAGCGCUAUGCCUGCACCUCUCACACACAGGGCCUGAGCCCAGGCUGCUACGACACGUACAAUGCAGACAUCGAUUGCCAGUGGAUUGACAUCACCGAUGUACAGCCCGGGAACUACAUCCUCAAGGUGCAUGUGAACCCAAAGUACAUCGUUUUGGAGUCUGACUUCACCAACAAUGUAGUGAGAUGCAACAUCCAUUAUACAGGUCGCUACGUUUCUACAACAAACUGCAAAAUCGUCCAAUCCUGAUCCAGGGGAGGUGUAUACAGCCGGCCCACCUCCUCACCUCCCAAGGCAGGCCCUGCUCCCCAGGCAGCCUCCCGCCAGGACGAGCCCAGCCGAGGGGCCCAGCCCCCACUCACAGGCAGGGGCAGCUGGACCGCGGGAGCAUCCUUCCCUGCCCGCCUCAGGGAGCGAACGGGGACCGAAACCACAGGGACUCCGGAUGCCAGGCCCCACUGUGUACUUAACUCUCCCCCACCACGUUAUUUUGUUGGUUGUUGGUUUUUAUUUUUUAUAUUUUGGCCAUACCACAGAGUAAGAUUGCCCAGGCCUGGGCUGAAUAAAACAAGGUUUUUCUAC